UUCUACAAAUCGGAGUUGUUCCCCUUGGCUCAGCAGGCACUUUUCACUUUCCAUACAAAAGUUGAAUACAAUGGAUUACCAUGACUACUGUAUACAGCUAACCCUUAGGUUUCUCAGCAUCAUCUUGAAGUUUCCUAAAGAAUGAAGAAUACUACGUUGGUGAUUCCUGGCUAGGCAAUUAUGGAAACAAAGGUAUAAUGGGAUCCCUACCCACUGCUGGAAUUAAUGGACAAAUGCCACAGAUGGAUAAUUAAGAGAUAUUGCUGAUUCUAAAAGCUGGACUAUUACAUCAUAAAACUCCUUGCUUUCUUUGAGGAUUCUCAAGGAUCCAACAGCAUUGAAGAAUUGAUAAUGGAUGUACUAUAAAUGCAUGUAACAGGUGAAAAAUAACAUUGUUGACAGGUGGUUUCUACACAAGGACAUGGGGAAAUUUUCUAAACAUGUUCUCUAGAAGGUGUAGUCAAAUGAAGAAUUCCAAGAAGUGUGUGACCCUACUCCUGUGCCUGGGCACAGUGAUUGUGUUUUAUGGAAUGUUCCAAUGCAGUGGUUCACCCAAGAUGUACAUGGUUCCCAGGGAAUCAGUCAAGUAUGUAUAUGAUGAUAAGAACAAAGCUAUUCCAUAUGACCAGGACUCCCCACUCAUAUUCAUAGGGGGGAUGCCACGCAGUGGUACCACCCUGAUGAGGGUCAUGAUGGAUGCCCACCCUGACGUGAGAUGUGGGGAGGAGACCCGGGUGAUCCCCCGAAUCCUGGGGAUGAGGAACCACUGGCAAAAAUCAGAAAUCGAGAGGAAGAGACUGAUAGAGGCAGGCAUCAAUGAUGUUGUCAUAGAUUCUGCUGUGUCUGCCUUCAUUUUAGAAAUCAUUGCCAAACACGGUGAGGCAGCUCCUAGACUGUGUAACAAAGACCCCUUCACUUUGAAAUCCAGUUUGUAUCUCAGUAGGUUAUUCCCCAGUUCCAAAUUCAUUCUCAUGAUCAGGGAUGGCCGGGCCAUCAUUCAUUCAGUCAUCACAAGGAAAGUGACAAUCUCAGGAUUUGAUCUGAAAAAUCCCAAAAUGUGUCUAGAAAAAUGGAACACUGCUAUGGAGGUGAUGUAUUCUCAGUGUUUACGGAUAGGACCUAUUCGGUGUAUGCCGGUGUACUAUGAACAACUCGCUUUACAUCCUGACCUGUGGAUGCACAGAAUUCUGGAGUUUUUAGACUUACCCUGGAACAGUUCUGUGCUUCAUCAUGAGGACUACAUAGGGAAGCCAGGAGGGGCAUCCUUAUCAAAAACAGAGAAAUCAACAGACCAAGUGAUCAAACCAGUCAACAUAGAGGCACUGAGCAAGUGGGUGGGGUUUUACGAAAAUGACAUUAUAGAAAACAUGGCCAAAAUAGCUCCCAUGUUGAACACUCUAGGCUAUGAUCCGAACAAAAAUCCACCAGAUUACGGCAAACCAGACCCCAAAGUGGCUGACAACACCAUGCACAUAAAACAAAACAUGGAGUACUGGAAAGAAAAAGAGCAGGAAAUUCUGGCCAAGGAGAAAAAAGCCGGGCAUCAUAAACCACACUGACGCCUAUAGCAGGGAAAUAGAGGAUUGAAUUUAAAAUAAUUUGUCAUAUUUUAUGUCCAGAUGACACAUUUCUGUGGCAUUUGUUGCUGUACAGGGAAUUUGAUAGGGCACAAAUGUUAGAUAUUCUGUAAUAUUGAUUUUUGAUCAGGUUACAUGUAUAUCUUGUUUUUAUGAGAGGAAAGUAGUUCUUAUUGGUAUAUUAAUUUUUUAUCAGAUUUCCUAGAAAAUGAAAACUUGGAGAUAUACUCAAAGUAAUGUAAUAGGGCUGUGGAUAUCAGCUUGGUAGCUCAGUGGGUAGAGCACCUGACUAGUGAUACAGAGGUUCUGGGUUUGAUUCCUGGUCCAGUCAUGCAUGUUUUUUUGUUGCAUAAUUUAGUGUCAUUGACAGCCUCUUGAUAUAAAGGUUAAAGUCCUUUAAGGGACAGAUGCCUGUAGAUCACUUUAAUCCAGCUUGGAUUGUGACUUUGAGACCAAAGACAAUUUAAAGAGGGGGGUGUAAUGGUUUAAAGUCCACAGAUAUUGGCUCAGGUAGCUUGGUAGAGUGCUUCAUUAAUGAUACAGGGGUCCUGGCUGGGUCGAUUUUCCUGUCUAGCCGAACUUUUUCAUCA